CUUAGACCUCUCCGUCAAGCUCGGCACUUCAGUACCUUCUACUUCGACCCAUUUCAAUCGAGCGUACAUCGACUCCUAUAUCGCCUGCUCACAAAAAUUUCCAAGCAUGAGUCUCUUGCGGUCCAGCGUCUGCAGAGCAUGUCGCCGCUCGCAACAAAUUCGCUGGCAUAGAGGCCUUGCGACGGCCAGCAAUCAGUCAUAUGAUAACCGGGUUAGGCUCGUCGAGGUUGGGCCUCGGGACGGCCUGCAAAAUGAGAAGAAGGCAAUCUCCUUGGAGACCAAGAUUGAGCUUAUCGAACGAUUGGCCCGAACUGGAGUUUCUACAAUUGAAGCUGGAUCCUUUGUUGCUCCAAAAUGGGUGCCUCAGAUGAGCAACUCCAGCGAAAUCUUGCAGCAUAUCCUCGACGGAAAGGUUUCUUCUCCUGGCCCGAUCUCAUACUCCUUCCUAGCACCCAAUGGCAAGGGCCUUAAAUCUGCCGCCGAUGUCCUCAGUGCGAAUAGCGGAAAGUUUGCAACUCAACUGGAGCCAGCAGCUGGAGCCGAGGCCGCCACCAAGCCAAGUGUUGAAGUCGCAGUCUUUGCUGCUGCCACCGAGAGCUUCACACAGAAGAACCUCAAUUGCGAUAUCAAGACAUCGCUCGAACGCUUCAAGGAGGUGAUUAGGGAUUCCAAGGCUAUCGGUCUCAGAGUGCGCGCCUACAUUUCUGUAGUCCUAGGAUGCCCAUUCGAAGGGUUCGACGUUGAUCCUCACAAAGUAGCUGAAAUUGCUACAGACCUUCUGGAGGCUGGAGCAGAUGAGAUCUCACUCGGGGACACUACAGGUAUGGGUACAGCACCUCGAACGGGAGCUCUCCUCCAAUGCAUGUCUGCAGCUGGUAUUCGAACUGAGGAUAUUGCUAUGCACUUCCACGAUACAUACGGCCAAGCUCUAGUGAACACUGCUGUAUCCUUAGAGCACGGCAUUCGGACGUUCGAUAGCAGUGUUGGUGGUCUAGGUGGCUGUCCUUACAGCCCUGGCGCCACCGGUAACGUUUCAACGGAAAACAUGGUUUACUUUAUGGAGACUCUGGGUAUGGACACUGGUAUUAAUCUGGAUGCCAUGUCUGACAUUGGAGACUGGAUCACAAAGGAGUUGGGUAAGGAAAAUGGCAGCACCGUAGGUAAAGCAGUUCUUGGAGCUCGGACUCGAGCUAUGCAAAACGCAAAGGAAAGCUAGGAGGAAGCCUGUUGUUGUGUUCUCGUUGAGCAUAGUAAGAAAAGACAGGCAACUAUUUACCUAGUUAUUCAGAAACACCGCAGGUUCCUAGAUUCCUUCUAUUAAGCUGACAGACUUAAAUGCUGUUGAUGUAACCGGUCAACUUACCUUACCUCUGCGAA